AUGAAACCCACGACGAACGCCCCGCGGCGGUGUCAGAACGCUACUGGCAACUGUUCAAUGACCCAGGCUUAUCGCCUCCCGGCGAUGCACCCGUCGGCUCGUCGCAAGUCGAGCCCCUCCGCAUGCGACCCGACCUUCGCAGCAACGGGAGCCCCUGUCCGGACUCACGUACCGCUUCUAGAGCUUCCUGUCUCGCCUCGAAACCCCACAACUCGGCCCGGGAGCCGGGAAGCGGAGGACACGGCGAGCCGCCCCGAGCCCGAGGCUCCGACCGCCGACUCGACGAUUGCCUUGCGAGCUCAACUGCGCCUCGUCAGUCAAAAACUGGACGAGGUACAACAGGAAGUCCGUAAGUCAAAAGGAGAGCUCGGGGCGGACGGACACCAAGGAUCCCCGUUCACCCUCGAGAUACAAGAGCAGGCGAUCCCGCCACACUUCCGCCUCCCCUCGCUGGACGCGUAUGACGGCGCCGCUGACCCAGCGGACCACGUGGCCGCUUUCCGCGCCCAGAUGGCGCUGUACGGGACUUCUGACGCUUUAAUGUGCAGGGCAUUCCCGACGACUCUGCGGGGGCCAGCCCGCGCAUGGUACAGCGGCAUGAAGCCCGGGACCAUCGCCUCCUUCGAUCAGCUCGCCAAGGAUUUCGAGCUUAACUUCUUGGCCUAUGCACGACUGAAGCCGUCCAUGGCGCUCCUCCUCGGGCUCAACCAGAAGGAGGACGAGCCCCUCUUCCAUUUUGUGAACCGCUUUAUGACGCAGAUCCGCGGAUUAUCGGAUGCUCACCCCUCUCUCUUAAUGCAGGCAUUCAUGACAGGCCUGUGGCCCACCAGGUUCUUCUGGUCGCCCAUAGAGCGGCCCCCCGCCGCGGUCCCCGAAAUGCUCCAGCGUGCCAGUCAAUUCGUCGCCGCAGAGACUUGGAUGGCUGGGAAGCGGGAGGAUCACAAAAAGGUCAAGCCAGAGCCGUCCCGACAGAUGCAACCCACCGCCUCCCGGCGGAGGACAGACAGACCCGAAUCAAGGUCUCCUCUUCCCGCCUUGAAUUCGUCCCGAACCGAAAUAUUCCUGCAUGAGAAGGGGAAGGGGCUGCUCAAGGACCCUCACCCGAUGAGGAACCCGCGGGAGCUCGCAGACCGUUCAAGGUAUUGCCAAUUUCACCGACAGCACGGGCACGACACUGAGUAG